AAAGAAAGAAAGAAAGAAAGUGUCUCAACCAACAACUACCCUCUCUCUCUCUAUAUAUACCAACACAGUACAACAAUAACACUGUUGUGUUGUGUUGUGUUGUGAGUUAUAACUGUUGCUUAACGCAAUCAACUCUCUCUCUCUUUCUCUUUGUGAUGGAGGAGGCGGUGGCCGUACGGCGAGCCUUGGAGCUGCUCAACCAGAACGACCCCGUUUUGAGGGUGGAAGCCGCCAGGGACAUACGCCGCCUCACCAAGACCUCCCACCGCUGCCGCCGCCACCUCCGACAUGCCGUGCCGCCACUCGUCUCCAUGCUCCGAGUCGACUCGCCCGAGUUCCACGAACCCGCGCUUCUCGCUCUGCUUAACCUCGCCGUCAAAGACGAAAAGAACAAAAUUAACAUUGUGGAAGCCGGUGCAUUGGAGCCGAUAGUUAGUUUCCUCACAUCACAAAAUCCAAAUCUGCAGGAGUAUGCAACUGCAUCAUUGCUCACUCUAUCAGCCUCUCCAACCAACAAACCAAUCAUCAGUGAUUGUGGCACCAUUCCUCUUCUUGUGAAUAUUCUCAGAGAUGGAACCCCACAAGCUAAAGCCGAUGCUGUAAUGGCUCUGUCCAAUUUGUCAACACACCCUGAUAACCUCAGCAUCAUCCUUAAAACAAAUGCAAUGCCAUGUAUAGUCGACCUUCUCAAAACUUGUAGAAAGUCCUCAAAAAUAGCUGUAAAAUGUUCUGCUUUGAUAGAAUCCUUGGUGGGGUAUGAGGAGGGAAGAAUUGCCUUAACAUGUGAAGACGGUGGGGUUCUUGCAGUUGUGGAGGUUCUUGAAAAUGGUUCCCCCCAAAGUAGGGAACAUGCUGUUGGAGCCCUUCUUAUAAUGUGCCAGAGUGAUAGAUGUAAAUAUAGGGAACCAAUUCUCAGAGAAGGUGUUAUUCCUGGACUUCUAGAGCUUACAGUUCAAGGGACCGCUAAGUCUCAGCCAAAGGCACGUACCCUUUUGCAGUUACUAAGAGAGUCUCCAUAUUCAAGACCUGAAGUUGAACCUGACACUCUUGAGAACAUAGUGUGUGACAUCAUAUCUCAGAUUGAUGGUGAUGAUCAAUCUGGUAAAGCAAAGAAGAUGCUAGCUGAGAUGGUCCAAGUCAGCAUGGAGCAGAGUUUGAGACAUUUACAACAAAGGGCUCUUGUAUGUACCCCUAGUGAUAUCCCUAUUACAAAUUGUGCUUCUCAAGUUUCUUCUAAAUAAUACUUGGGGCUCUUCUACUUUGUAUCUAUCUUUCUCUUUCCACUUGGAACUAGCAAGAUAAAUUUUCUGUUACAUAAGAAAGAAAGAAAACUGAAAAGGAAAAUAACAUAGUAAAAAAAUGCCAGUCCAGGCCAUCAUGGAGGUAUCGAGUGACUGGUAAUUGUCAAUAAAAUGAUGUUGUAAAAUGAUAAGAGAAUGAAUUUCUAGUUGAUUUGUAAAGGAAUUGUUGUUGUAUAAAAUAAUUUACAGAAGUAGUAAGGAUCUUAUCAAUUCUUCUUCCUCCUCCUCUGUGCAAUUGCGUAGUGAGAAAGAAAUUGUACAUAGUACAUCUUGAUAGGACUUUUUCUUUAUGAAGUUUGGUAUUUUAGAUCUCAGAGAAGGACCCUUUAAUGCUACUUUCAUCAGUACAAGAAUUUUUCUAUUUGGGCGACAAUAAUGUAAUACCUUUUUUUUAUGGCAA